GGUGCCUCCCGCCGCGCGCUCCUAUCAAAAACACACGAGAGCUCCACUGGGACAGUCGGGAAGAAGUCUCUCUCCCCUCCUCUUUCUCCAGCCAAAUGUUCAUAUCACCGCCAAGCCGGUGCACAUUCCCUCUCUAGCCGACAGUGAGAGCCCGCUGCCGGGGGCCGUCGGAGUCCACUGAGCGGUGCCAGGAUGCGGUGCUACAAGUUUUGGGGACCGUGUUCCGUUGGAUUUUAUAUUUGGACCGCUCUUCUUUUCAAAGGGUCCCUGCAGGGGGUGCACCAAAGGAGGCUGUAUAAGGAGCUCAUGGCCAACUACAACCGACUGGAGAGACCCGUCGUCAACGACUCAGCCGCCAUACUGGUGGAGCUCGGCCUCACACUGCUGCAGAUCAUAGAUGUGGAUGAGAAGAAUCAAGUGCUGAUGACCAAUGCAUGGUUGCAGUUGUACUGGACAGACAUCUACCUGAGCUGGAACCCAGACAACUACCCCGGCGUCCAGAACCUGCGAUUCCCCUCGGACCAAAUCUGGACUCCCGACAUCCUCCUUUACAACAGUGCUGAUGAGCGUUUUGAUGCCACCUUCCAUACCAAUGUGUUGGUGAAUGCGUCGGGUUACUGCCAGUACAUUCCCCCUGGAAUCCUGAAGAGCACCUGCUACAUCGACGUGCGCUGGUUCCCGUUUGAUGUCCAGAAGUGUGACUUGAAAUUUGGAUCCUGGACCCACAACGGUUGGCUGUUGGACCUCCAGAUGCUAGAUGUGGACACAUCCACCUACAUACCCAACGGGGAAUGGGACCUUGUGGGUGUACCAGCUAAACGUAAUGAGCUGUACUAUGAGUGUUGUAAGGAGCCCUACCCUGACGUGACAUUCACGGUCACCAUGCGCCGCAGAACCCUUUACUAUGGACUCAACCUGCUCAUCCCCUGUGUGCUGAUCUCUGGCCUGGCCCUGCUGGUCUUCCUGCUCCCUGCAGACUCUGGGGAGAAGAUCUCUCUGGGUAUUACUGUGCUGCUGUCGCUCACUGUCUUCAUGCUGCUGGUUGCAGAGAUCAUGCCUGCCACAUCCGACUCUGUACCUCUCAUUGCCCAGUACUUUGCCAGUACCAUGAUGAUUGUGGGUAUGUCUGUUGUGGUUACCGUCAUAGUCCUGCAGUUCCACCAUCAUGACCCUCAGGGAGGCAAGAUGCCCAAAUGGGUGCGAGUGGUCCUGUUGAACUGGUGUGCCUGGUUUCUCCGUAUGAAACAGCCCGGCGAUGAACGCAAGCGGUCCAACCAUAAGUACCGCCACGCCCUCCAGCAUCACUCCAGCGCUAGCUCCAUUGAAAUGGGCACUGUGCCCAGCCUCUCUGUGCCCCUCUCCCAAACCUCCUGCCCGCCCUGUCCCACUGGUACCUCCAAUGGCUCCAUGAGCCUCUACUUUGGCAACUACCACCCCAUUGAGAGCCCACGCUGCCCGCCCUCCAGCGACUCCGGGGUGGCUCUAGGUGGACGCGUCCACGGCUCCCCAAGCGAGGAAGCUGAGCCACCUGUAGGAGGAGGUGGCAAUGGGGUCGGGGGCCUGGGGAUAGCCGGGGUGGGAGUCGGCAUCCCCCCACCGGAGAUCCAGCGCAUCCUGGAGGAGGUGUCUUAUAUCGCCCAGCGCUUCCGUGACCAGGACGAGGCUGAGGCCAUCUGCAGCGAGUGGAAGUUUGCAGCGGCGGUGGUAGACCGGCUGUGCUUGGUGGCCUUCUCACUCUUCUCCAUCAUCUGCACCUUCACCAUCCUGAUGUCAGCGCCCAACUUCAUAGAGGCUGUUUCCAAGGACUUCACAUAGCUGCAGUAUCAGGAGAGUGGGAAGGAGGAUGGAGUAAAAUGAUGAGGGAUGACGACAAGGGACAGAAAAACAAUAGCAGGGGGAAAGGAAAGGAUAAAGAGGGCAGUCAGGAAGUGAUUCCCAACCUGUAGUCUGUGUGUCCUAAAAUUUAGAUUUUAAAAAUCGCUCUGUUCAAUCAAUUGAUGAAUUAUAAAGAAACAUUUAAUUUUGUUAUGUCAGCACAUCCAUUCCAAAUAUACUGAAGACAUAUAAAGAGACACAAACAUAAAAUAUAAGGAAACAUAUAUUUCUGUUUUAAUUGAUAUUUACGCUGAGAAGAUAAACAGGUCUGGUUGGGAAUCACUAAGAGGAUGAACUUAAGGAGGGAACAGUGGGUUUUUUUUUUAAACAGGCUGAGUAAGAAAGGAAUCAGAGGAUUAUGAUGAUUCUGCUCUUUUUCUUUGCCCUUCUUUGAAAAUAUUGUAAAUAUAAUGUUUUAUCCAUACUCUUCAUGAAAAUUUAAAAGUUGGCUUGGUGUAAGAAGAUACAUACAUUGUGUCAAUGUCAGGAUCCAUCUCACUGCCUCAGUCAAGUCAGUCAUCUCCACUAAAGUCGUUCUUGUAGCCUUUGUGCAAAUCCAAAUGCAUAUGUACAAAUACCGCCUCAAUCCAUAUGAGCAGUCACAGCCUGGCAACUCCUCACCCUUUGAACUUUGACUAACUAAGGACGUCACAUCUGUUGUGGAUGAUGUAACAUCCUUGUGAUCAUGGUAGGCUAGUAACUGUCUAUAAUGAGAUGUUUCACUGUGAACUUCAUUGUUUUUGCUUUCACUUUAGUGAACGUGGCAUCGGGCACUACUUUUUUGCUUGCCAUCACACUAACACAAGUGUAGAGCCAUUUCCUGUGUUCACCAGGUCUGUCAGAGUAGGAUCACUGUUUGGUUUGUGUUGUCUGUAUCAUUUUGAACAAUACAAUCUGUAGACAUGAUGCUAUCAGACCUCUACACUCCUAAAAUAGAGUCUUUCUCAGCACGUUAGUAACACUAACAAAACCGUUUGUGAAAACAGGAGUAUAAACUGUACCAAAUGUUUUGACACAUUUGGCACAGUAUAUUUUAGUAAGUAUGUUGUGCUGGCAAACAGCACAAGAUGUAUAGUCUCCAAACUAACUCAGAUAUAAAAGCUGUAUCCUUUAAGUGUGUGCUCUGACACAACAUGUACAGGUCUUGAAUUUUAUUUUGUCAAAGUCAAGUUAUUACCACAGUUUAUAAAGUAAUUUGUGUCUUGGAAUUUGUUGUACAUUAGGGAUGUGAGUUGUAAAAACACUAGGCAAUGGUGUGACCCCAGGGACUUGGACUUUGGCAAACAAAGGCUACGGGCUGAACAAGAGGCUGAAGAGGAAAGGUUCACAACAACCACCAUAUCACUGGAGAACAUACUGUAGACUCAUCAAAGGCCCUCAUGUCAGUAAGAGUUUUGUCUGUGUUUUGUAGCCGAGUGGACUGACUGAUGCACACGACAAUGUUGUGAAUGUGUAUAGUUCCACCUCAACCUCCAAGUCACCUCUUUGUCCUAGCUAUAGUCAUUGGUCUCUUUCUCUCUUUCUCUGUCACUCAUGUUGUGAUUUAUUUACUCUCUAUGUUAAUAAAGGUCUCCUUGUUCAUUCUCCA